GCGUCAAGGUGUGUGCCACAGCAGCAGAAUGUAAGAUAUAGAUUAAGUAGAAGGUUCAGUUCUUCUAACUAUUUCUCUUUCUCUUGUGCAUGUGUCAUGUUACUAAGAUGGGUUCAACCGACUUCUCAAUACCCUUACAACUCAAAGAUGCGCCUAUAGAUGGUCACCGCCCGAUCAAGGUCCGGGUAAUAGGGGCCGGCUAUUCGGGGAUCUAUUUAGGUAUCCGUAUACCGCAGCGCAUACGAAAUGUUGACUUCCGAAUCUACGAGAAAGAAGAAUCUGUGGGGGGCACGUGGUGGGUGAAUCGAUAUCCCGGCUGUGCAUGCGACGUCCCAGCGCAUUCAUACCAAUACACUUUCAACCCGAAUACUAAUUGGUCGGCUUUCUAUGCCCCUGCAAGCGAGAUUUGUGCAUAUCUCCACGGUACAGCUGAGAAAUACGGAGUUCUUAGACACGUGAAGUUGUCACAUAAAGUAGAAACAUGUCGUUGGGAUGAUAGUAGGAAGAAAUGGCUUUUAACUGUUCGGCGGACGGAUACGAAUGAGACCUUUGAAGAUGAUGCCGAUGUGCUAGUCGCAGCCAGGGGGAAUCUAAGCGACCCUGCUUGGCCGGAUAUACCUGGUUUUAAGUCCUUCAAAGGGGAAGUAAUGCACUCAGCAAGAUGGAAUGAAAACUACGACUUCAAGAAUAAGAGAAUUGGGAUACUCGGCAAUGGAUCUAGUGGUAUACAAAUUGUCCCUUCCCUACAGAAGGUUGAAGGGGCACAACUGUCGUGCUUCGUUAGGAGCAAGGCAUGGAUCACGAGUCCAUUUGGAGAGAAUGUAAUGAGAAAACUUGGGCUUGAUCCAAAUGUACUCGACUUCUCUCUUGAGCAACGCCAAGAAUUUGCCAGCAAUCCAGAGAAAUACCACCACUUUCGAAAAAUCAUCGAGUUGGACGGCGGAACCAUUCACGAAAUUUCAAUGCGAGGCUCAGAUUUACAGCGUGUGGUUACCGGCGAAUCCAGGAUUGCAAUGGAAGAGCGAUUAUCCAAAAAGCCAGAAAUCGCAAAAUUCUUAAUUCCCUCUUUCAGUAUCGGCUGUCGGCGUCCUUCACCGGGCCCGGGUUAUCUCGAGGCGCUGGUUGAGGACAAUGUGGAUUUCAUCAUUGAUCCAGUGGAGGCAAUAACAGCGACGGGAGUGACCCUGAGAUCUGGUCGUGAGGUCGAGGUCGAUGCGCUUGUUUGUGCUACUGGGUUCAAUACCUCGUCUGCUCCGCCUUUCCCCAUUUAUGGACGUGGCGAUCUAGCAUUGAAGACACGUUUCACACCCUUCCCUACGGCAUACCUCUCGAUCGUGGUAGAUUCGUUCCCCAACUUCUUUAUCAUGUUAGGUCCCAACUCAGCUAUUGGAUCAGGAUCUCUAACUGUCAUAUUGGAAAACGAGGGCGACUAUAUAGUAAAAUGCAUUCGCAAGCUGCAAAAAGAGGAUUACGCCACCAUCAGUAUCAAACCCGAACGCAUCAACGAUUGGACUGAGUAUUGUCAUGAAUAUUUCAAGGACACCGUAUACACAGACCCGUGCCAUAGUUGGUACAAGAGCGACGGAGGCUCGGGUAGCCGCAUUACGGGUUUAUGGCCGGGAAGCACACUCCAUGCGCUUGAAGCAUUGAGAGCACCAAGAUGGGAAGACUAUGAUUUUGAAAGUAUUGAAGGCGCUGGAACAAACAAGAUGAGAUGGAUGGGUAACGGGUUUAGUAUUACUCAUAUGAAAGGAGAUGGUGAUAAUGAAUGGGGUGGCGAUCCAGCUUGGUAUAUUGAGCCACGGUUCGUCGACUUCCCUCUUCUGGACAACCCUGAGGACGACGAAUCCUUGAAAAUGCGCCCCUUUUCCCACUAAGAUUAAGUUACUGUAUUAACUAAAUCUUUCCCAAGAAAUUCUCAAUAUCAGGUCAGAGGUAGGUACCUACUGGAUAGAUCGCGGGUCUCUCAGUUGGAUCUCCAGGAUACAUGAAGAGGGGACGCAAGAUGGUACCUAUUAGCUUGUGAUACUUGAUUAAUAUAUCAUUCUAUUGAUAUCCA